AUGUACGCCAAGGACCGCGAAGCUUCUCCGCAUUUUAGCAGCGGCAGCGGCGGGUCCCGGUCUGGGAGAAGUGCAACGGUGGAGCUUCUUCUCCAACAACAACACCGAACCCGAACCUCGUCGCAUGGAGGAGGAGGAGGAUUAGGAAUGGGUAUAAAGCAGAGGCCCCUGGUCCGACCGAAUCAUAGAUCAUAUUCUUACGGCCAUUCGAGAGGAGGCUUUUUCAGGAACAGGUUAUCGCUUUGGAUAUCAGGGCUCGCUGUGUUAGUGUUGGUGUGGAUCUAUCUAAAAGUCUAUGGCCACGGUUACGGAUAUUCACUGAAGAAUUCAUAUUCAGGCGCUGGGCUGGGGACAUCGAGACCCGGGCAGCAAGGGACGAAGAUUUCUUUGGGGGACUUGCCUGCUUUCAUUUUACCGCCGGUGACGACGACAACACUGGUCAGAAUGACGAAACCAACAGCAUCACCAGGGAAAGCAACAGGGAAGGGCAGCGGUGUGAAAGCGACGGCUCCGGCAGUCGAGUUGAAGCAGGGCAUUUACAUCGGGGCGACAAACCUCAAAGCGCCAAGAUUCAAGAAAUCGGUGGAGGCAUUCAGGGGCAUCCCCUAUGCUCAGACGACCGGAGGGCAAAACAGAUUCAGGCCACCACAGCCACUAGAGCCAUCGAAGGAAACAUUUCAAGCUACGAGAUACGGAGAGUUCUGUCCGAUCAACGAUGGGGUGGUAUAUAUAGGCCAGGGCGAGAAUUGCCUAAACCUGAAUGUCUACAGGCCUGCUGGACUGAUCAAGGGGAAAGAUGGGAAAGGUCAAGACGGAAACGAGCUAAAGCUGCCAGUAGUGGUGUACAUUCACGGAGGAGGGUUCAAUGCUGGAAAAGGCAUUGAGAGGAACAUGGCCAGUUUCGUCGCCUGGGCGGAGCACGAUAUCGUUGCUGUGAACUUCAACUACAGGGUGGGCGCGCUGGGCUUUCUACCGAGCGAUAUUACUGCUAGGGAAGGGAUUUUGAAUCUCGGGCUGAGAGACCAGCAGGCGCUUUUGGAGUGGGUGCAAGACAACAUCGGUGCCUUUGGUGGUGACAAGGACAAUGUCACCAUCAUGGGACUCAGUGCCGGUGCCCAUUCGAUCGGCCACCACAUCAUGCACUACGCCAACUCCCCCAGACCACCCCCCUUCCACAAAGCCAUCCUCGAAUCCGGCGCCACCACCGCCCGCGCAGUCUUCUAUCCCACCCACCCCCGCCACCUCAUCCAAUUCCGCGAGUUCCUCACCGCCAUCAACGCAGCCCACAUCCCCGAAUCCGAAAUUUUCCCCCACCUCCGCACCCUCCCCCUCAAAACCAUCGUCGCCGGCUCCAAAGCCGUCUGGGACAAGUACGUCGACAGCGUCACCUGGCCCUUCCAGCCCGUCAUCGACGGCCCAAACCCCUACUCCAACUCCUCCCACGCGAACCACACCCUCCCAGACAUCAUCCCCGACCUCCCCAUCUCCUCCUGGCAGAACAGCCACCACCUCAAAAUCCCGAUCAUCACCGGGUACAACACAAACGAAGGCACAAUCUUCAUCCCCCCUGACGCCUCCACCAAUUCUGAAUUCCGCUCCUUUUUCAAGACUUUGAUCCCGACGUUGAAGGAUGCUGAUUUGGAUAAAUUGGAAGAAUUGUACCCCGACCCGGUGACGAACCCGACCCUCAGCCCGUAUGUCUCUGUUCCUAAUGGAAAGGGGGCUCAGUGGAAUAGAUUGGACACGGCGUACUCCCACUACGCUUAUAUAUGCCCCGUUCUGCAAUCAGCGCAUUUCAUGUCCCUUUCUGGGAUUUCCAACGUUUAUGUAUAUCGGUAUGCUGCUACUGGUGUCUUUGGAGCCGCUAAUCACGGGGAUGAAGCGCCUGUUGUGGCGCAUGAUAUGGAGUUUUUGGGUUACGGGAAUGAGAGGCCGGGGUUGGUCAGGACGGCGGAUGAGAUGAUUUCUUUUUGGUCGGGAUUUGUGGCUAGUAAGGGGGGGGAUGUUAACGCUGCGAGGGGGAGGAGGGUGCAAUGGCCGAGGUUUGAGAGUCCGAUGAAGCGGGAGGGGUGGUGGAAGGAUUUGGGGAAGGGGAGGGUGAUGGUUUUUGGGGAGGGGAAUAAUGAGCGGGAUAGGAGUGUGCCGCCACAGGAGAGGAAGCAAGGGUAUCCGGUCAAGGUGGAGAGCUUGACAAGGCUGGAGAGGGAGGCUUGUGAGUUUUGGUGGGGGAGGGUUGGGUUGAGUGAGGGGUUGGGGAGGGGGGAGGAGGGUGGGAGGGCGAAGUUGUAG